AUGGCCUUCUCCUGGUCAACUAGUGGCCAUUCCGUCCUCAAGCUGAACAUCCGUCAACUGUGUCUGAUCGGGAUGUGGCCACUGUGUGAUUCACCGCUGUAUAACUUCUACAGCGCCCUCGUAUUGACGCUGGGCGUUUGGAACUGCAUGGAAGGCGCUCUGACCAUCGGCUACAGCGGAGCUGAUCUUGAAGAAACGACGUUGGUCUUGGCCAACUCGUUCACGACCUGCAGCGGACUCGUCAAGGGCAUAUUGUUUGUGUGGGACAGGCCACAGUAUUACGCCAUGGCGCAGCGUCUGAAUGCGCUGGUGUGGGCACAGAGUGAGGCCUGCACCACGGACACCACCCUGGCAAACAUCCUCCAGAAUUCGCGCAGACGUGCUGCCCGCAUUUCGCUGGCCAUGUUCCUGUUCCUCUUUCUGCAGGCAGUCGUGUGGUUCCCAAUGCCGCUGAUCGCGCACCCAGGCGAACGUCGCCUUCCGCUCGUCCAGCACUACUGGGCCGGCAACAAUAGCUACUACGCGCUGUCGUACAUCGUGCAGUGUUGCUCAGCAAACUACCUGGCCAAUGUGAGCUUCGGCAUGGACUGUCUUCUAGUAACUAUAAUGAUUUUGGUGGCCGCGCAGCUGAAGGUCCUCACUAUCCGCGUAGCAGCCCUGAGAAUGGAACAUGCCGACACGGAACUAGGAGUCAAACAGCGUUUGGAGGGUCCACCUGCUGUGUAUCAGGACAGGCUGUACAAAGAUUUGUGUCUCUGGUACAGCUGCUCCUGGGUGGGGUCGAGCGCGGCCUUCAAGCGCGCCCUCCGUCUGCUGCUGUGCCGCGCCCAGAAGCGCCUCGUCCUCACUGCCGGCUACUGCUACCCCAUCGACAGGGCCGCCUUCCUCUCGUUGGUUAAUGCAUCAUACUCCUACUACGCUCUGCUCGGCCAAAUGAACAGACAUUAG